CCGGACUGUGGACUUCAUCAGCUCCACACUGAACAGCUGAGAGGAUCAUUCUGCUGCAGGUUUUGGUUUUCAUCUUUACACCAUGAAGCUGCUGACCGUUUCUCUGCUCAUCUGUGUCCUGAUCGCUCUGGCCCAAGCUGCUGCUCUCCGUCGCCCUCGUCGGACAAGCACAGUUGUCAUUGAUCCUCGACUUCCUCCUCCUCGUCCUCCUCCUCCUCCACGUAGACCACAGCUUCAUGCUGUCCCUGACCACCCUCCAUGGAAAGGACACGACCCCUCUGGACACGGACAAUGGCCCAAUCCCUCUGGACAUGGACAUGGACAAUGGCCAGCGAUGCCUAAUGGUCCUCUAAGACACCAGCCUGAGGCCCAAGGUCAUUCUGGAGAGGAUCAACAAUAUGACGACAUGACAACCAUCCCUACAACAGUGCCACUAUUUCCAGGAGGAGAUUAUGGACCAUAUUAUCCAGGAGGAGAUCAUGGACCGUAUUAUCCAGGAGGAGAUUAUGGACCUCAUGGACCAGAUUAUCCUUUUCCGAUCACACAGUGUAAGCCUGGCUGGAAGACAUACAGCGCCCGUUGUCUGCUCUACGUUCCAGAAAAAAAGACUCGGAGUGAUGCUGAGAAUUUCUGUCAGUCAGAGGGAGGAUAUCUUGUUGCUGCACUGAAGGAGCAAUUCUCUGAAGAUAUCGAUGAUGUGAUAAAGGAAGCUGGUCCUCAAAUCUGGGUUGGAGGCUGUACUACAAGUGAUCCUUCAUGGGACUACUCCAUAUUUGACUGGAUGAAACCACCGUCUAAACCAGCCUACAUCAAGAGGACAGCAGAAGGAUGGGAAUGCGUGGAGGCUGAACCGUGCAAAGAAAAGCUCCCGUUCAUCUGCAGCAUAACUCGUAUGUGAUUCCUGAGCUGGUCAGUCAGAUUAAUCUGUUAGGAAGGAAGCACGGACAGACGUGUCUUUGUGUCGUUACUCUCUCCUGCUGACUGAACUGUUCUUUCUUGUGUCAUGCACAUUAAACGCAUUAAAA